GUUUGUGUCAGGCUGCUCGCGGAGGCUGAGGCGGCUGCCCGGCCGAAGCAGCAGCGACGCACCAACAGUCGGCCUCGGGCGCGCGCGGCUGAGGCGAGGGGGGAGAGAAAGAGAGAGCGAGAGAAAGCGAGAAACAGCCGCCCUUCCUCCCCCUUUUCUGGCGGACGAGGAGAGGCGCCUCUCUGGGCAUGAGCGACCCGUAGAGGCAGCGAGGGAGGGAGGGGGAGGGAGGGAGGAGGAGGCGGUUGUUUGGCUGGUCGCUCAGUCAGUCGGUGGGUCUGCACUUCGCCGCCAUGGCGGCGGUGGAGUCGCGGCCGGAGCUGGUGGGGAAGCGCUUCUUGUGCCUGGGCCUCGGCGAGGAGCCGCCGCCGGAGAAGGGCCGCUGGAGGGCCGGCGUCAUCCGCACCGUCUCCCACCGGGACUCCCUCAGCCCCGAGUUAUCGGUGUAUGUGGAAUUUGAUGACCUUGAAUGGGAAAAACGGGAAUGGGUUAAAGUUUAUGAAGAUUUUGCAGCCUUCCUGGUGGAGUACCAGCUGGUCUGGGCAAAGAGAAAAGAUCCUAGCCAGACUCAGGGAUCAAAGAUCAAACAUAUUCAGUGGCCUGCAUUGACUUUCAAACCCUUGGUUGGGAAAAGUGUGUACAAUUCUAUCACUGCAGUUGAAUUUCUAGUGGACAAACAGUUGGAUUUUGUAACUGAAGAUAGUGCCUUUCAGCCCUAUCAGGAUGACAUAGACAGUUUAAACCCAGUUCUCAGGGACAACCCACAACUUCAGGAGGAAGUAAAAAUCUGGGUAAAGGAACAAAAGGUGCAAGAGAUUUUUAUGCAAGGUCCAUAUUCCUUAAACGGCUAUAGAGUGAGAGUAUACAGACAGGAUUCUGCCACCCAGUGGUUCACUGGUAUAAUUACUCAUCAUGAUUUGUUCACUCGCACUAUGAUUGUUAUGAAUGAUCAGGUUUUAGAACCACAAAAUGUUGAUCCCUCUAUGGUUCAGAUGACCUUUCUAGAUGAUGUCGUUCAUUCUUUGUUGAAAGGUGAAAAUAUUGGCAUUACAUCGCGGCGCAGGUCUCGGUCCAACCAGAACAGCAACACAGCUCACGGGCACUAUACCAGAGCGCAAGCAAAUAGCCCAAGGCCAGCAAUGAAUUCCCAGACCACAGCACCAAAACAAAAUUCACAUCAGCAGCAACGGACUGCUCGUCCAAAUAAAAGGAAAGGCUCUGAUAGUAGUAUCCCUGAUGAAGAGAAAACUAGAGAGGAAAAAUACGACUAUAUCGGUCAAGGAGAAAAUCCCAAAAAUAAAAACAAGCUUUUUGUUUCGAAAAGAAGAAAACCUGAAGAUGAUGAAAAGAAAUUAAGUAUGAAGAGACAGCGGAUAGAUAACACCUCAGACUAUUCCGAGAGCAGUGACUCAGAGAAUUCAAACAAAAGAUUGACAGAUUCUUCAUCAGAUCAUAAUUCAGAGAAUGAAUUGAAAAGCAAGAAUAUUUCAAAGAUAAAUGGGAAAGAAGGAAAAUCUCAGAACAGUAGUGUGGUAGAAGAACAAACACUAAUAGACAGCCAGUCUCCCUGGCAUGAAAUGCAGGAAAAUAAAAAGCAUGAAGAAGGAGAAAGGCCAGAGUCAACUGACCUGGAGCUGGAAGAAAUUUCAGUCCAUCACGCUGAACAAUCAACAGUUUAUGAUCGGAGAGGCGAUGAUGAAUGCAGUCAAGAGUGUAAUACAGAAAAACAACAACCCAGGGAACUUUUGCCAAAUGAACAAUUUAUGCCCACCUGUCCUACACCGAAAGGUUGUAUUGAUACAAAUAUGGAGAACAGUUCAACUAAUGAAGCCCAGGAAAAUAUAUCAAAUACUUUUGGAUUGCAAGCAUGUCAGAAAAUGGAACUGCCUGUCAGUGAUACAAAACACCUGUUUACAAAUACAAACUUUUUGGAAGUAAGAAAAUUGGGCACUGAUGAGAACUGGAUUAAUAAUGUCAGUAAAAUGGAUUUGAUACACCCAAAAGUUGUGAAAAAUGUGUCAGCAAGUGAACAUGUUUCUUCUGAAAAUGUUCACUAUGGUUCUGUGUCAUCUUUAUCUGUAAUAGCUGUAGCAGAAGAGGGCAGAGUGCGGAAACAAAGUCCGGUCCCUGAUACGAUUAAGUCAAAACCUAGUUCACUGGCCGAAAACCCCAAAAUGAAGUCUAAUUCUUCACCUGAGGUUAAAUAUAAACAUGCCCAGUCUCCUGAUACUGUGAAGUCAAAGGUUAAUUACCUGAACAGCCAUGUUACUGGAGUAACAAGGUCAGCAAUUAAAACUGAGCAUGAUUUGCCUAGGUCUAGCUUCCAUCCAGUUCCAGCUAGAGUUAGUUCAUUAGAAACUACUAAAAGUCCUCUUAUCAUUGACAAGAAUGAACAUUUCACAGUUUACCGAGAUCCCGCUCUUAUUGGACAAGAACCGGGAACUAACCAUAUAUCGCCAUAUUUACAUCAUCAUAACUACCCCCCUCAUUCCACUUCCCACAGAACUUGUUUAAAUCCAAACCCUCACCAUUCUGCCCUAACUGGUGCACCCCAUCUAUUAGCUGGAUCGUCAAACCAACCCCCUUUGUCUGCUAUUAAUACGCAUUCUCUGAGUAGUGCAUCUCACCAUUCUGUUCAUCACCCACAUCUGCUUCCUGCAGUGUUACCUGGAGUGCCUACAGCCUCUUUAUUGGGAGGCCAUCCACGACUAGAGACUGCUCAUGCUAGCAGCUUAAGCCAUUUGGCAUUAGCACACCAGCAGCAACAACAGAUGUUACAGCAUCAGUCACCACAACUUCUUGGGCAAGCCCAUCCUUCUGCUUCAUAUAAUCACCUGGGACUUUAUCCAAUUAUUUGGCAGUACCCAAAUGGAGCACAUGCUUACUCAGGACUUGGAAUACCUUCAUCUAAAUGGGUCCAUUCUGAAGCUUCUGUUAAUACUGAGACUCCUCUGAGAAGGAAUACUCCUAGUCCGUGGUUACAUCAACCCACCCCUGUGACCUCAGCUGACAGUCUUGGGUUACUGAGUCACCUACCUGUAAGACCAUCCAGUGCAGAGCCUCAUCGACCAGUCAAAUUGACAACACAUUCUAGUCCUCCAUUGUCAAAAGGCAUUGUGGAUCAUCAUCGUAAAGAAGAGCUGGAAAGAAAAGGGAUUUUCGAACCUUUACGUUCUGUUGCGGCUGCUACAGCAAAGUCUGAUUUAGAGCAUAACAAAACACAGGCUGUGAAAGAAGGCCAUUUGCAAAGACAUUUCAUAGACCCAUUGCAAAGAUCACUUCAAGAGACUGGAGAGAGACUAAGCAAGUAUAAAGAAGAACACAGGCGAAUACUUCAAGAAAGUAUUGAGGUUGCUCCUUUUACAGCUAAAAUCAAGGCACUUGAGGGGGAAAGGGAGACUUAUUCCAGAAUCAUGCCAUUAUCUUCUAGCCCUAAAAGCCAUGGAGCAAAACAUGACAAAGAUUCAGAACUCUAUAAGAUGAAGCACUCAGUGCCACAGAGCUUGCCUCAAAGUAACUACUUUACCACCCUUUCUAACAGUGUAGUGAAUGAACCACCGCGAACAUACUCAUCCAAAGAAGUUUCAGGUGUAUGUGCUGAUAAACAGAGUAUUUGCCCUUCAACAGCUGCUUCUCAGUCUCUUACGUCUUUCACUUCAUCUCUUUCAAAACCACCACCAUUGAUUAAACAUCAGCCGGAAGCCGAAAGCUCAAUAGGCAAGAUAACUGAUCAACUUUCACAGCAGGUAACUUCUCAUUCAGUUAGUGCUUUUAGAAAUGACUCCAGAAGUCCUACACAGUUGUCAAUUUCAUCCUCAAGUGCACUCCGAACAAUGCCUGCUUUACACAGAGCACCAGUAUUUCACCCUCCAGUCCAUCAUAGCUUGGAGAGAAAGGAAGGAAGUUACAAUAGUCUUUCUCCUCCAACCCUCACCCCAGUGCAGCCAGUGAAUGCCGGCAGCAAAAUUCAUGAAUUACAAAAGCCUCCAACUUUGUUACCUGAGCCAAAAGAAGCACAAAAUGUUUACAAGAACACUAUGGAGCAAAAAAUUUCGGAAAUGUGGAAGAGUAAUAAUGUUCCAAAUCAUGAUAAAAUGGAAUGGCAUAUUGAUCGAAGUAGUGGGAAAUCGUCAUCGGCCACUGCUUCUGUCAUUGUGCGUCCACCUUCAAGUACGAAGUAUGAUACUGUAUCUGUAGUGUACUCAACUCCCAAAGAACGAGUCACUGAGAGAGCAUUGACAGGGACAAACCAGACAGAUGGCCUGAAACCAGCGGAAGUCAGAGAGACUGAACGCAUCGUUCUUCCGAAUGUGAACUCGGACACAAUUCAUGCCCAGUAUGAGAACAACUUUCCAGCUGCUUCCCAGGGCAGCGUUCCCAGUUCGGUCACGCCUACUACAACUAUGCUGUGCAGUACCAAAACGGAUGUAACCACAUCUGUGGCUUCUACUAGCAUUCCAACCAUGGGCAGUUCAGAAGUGAAUUACUGUUUAUCCAAUGCAGCAGUAGUCUGCUCUUCAGUAGAGAGUACUGCUUCUAGAGCCAUAAACCAGGAAGUAGCACACAUACAAGAAUGUGGUGUCAGCACCACGGCUCCAGUUACACUACCCUGCAGCAAAAUGGAAAGUAUUCUUCAAGCCAGUUCGGUCUUCUCUGCAACAUCUGAUUUUAUUCACUUGAAAAAACACAAAGCAGCACUGGCUGCAGCUCAGUUUAAAAAUAUCAGUGCCAGUGAUAUAGAGUCUAAUGCUGUGAAAAAUCCAAUAUAUUCAGCCUCUGCUUCCCUAGACAGUACUGUCAUCUCUAGUACAAUAAACAAAGUGAAUAUUGUAGGCAAUGGGCAAGUUUCCCAGACGAGCCAAGCAAACUACCACACAAAACUGAAAAAAGCUUGGCUCACAAGACAUUCAGAAGAAGAUAAAAACAGUAAUAAAAAAGAGAAUUCCGGGAACAGUGUAUCAGAAAUUAUCAAGCCAUGUAGUGUUAACUUAAUAGUUUCAACAUCAAAUGAUUUGCAAAAUAACAUGGAUAGUAAAAUCCUUGGGGAAAAGCUUGUGAAGGAGGAAAAACACACACGGAGAAAAACAAAAAGGACUUACGAAUCUGGCUCUGACAGUGGAGAUUCUGAUGAAAGUGAGAGCAAAUCAGAGCAAAGGACGAAACGGCAGCCAAAGCCAACUUACAAAAAGAAACAAAAUGAUUUGCAAAAGAAAAAGGGAGACACAGAAGAAGAAGUCAAACCAAAUGGUGUUCUCAGCAGGAGUGCCAAAGAAAAAAGCAAACUGAAGUUGCAAAGUGGCAGUGUUAAUACUGGCAUACCUCGUUCAGUGUUGAAGGACUGGCGCAAAGUAAAGAAGCUGAAGCAAACUGGAGAAUCCUUUUUGCAAGAUGACUCAUGCUAUGAAAUAGGACCCAACCUACAAAAAUGCAGAGAAUGCCGCCUGGUCAGAAGUAAGAAAGGUGAAGAAGCAGCUCACUCACCAGUGUUCUGUAGAUUCUAUUACUUUCGCCGGCUUUCUUUUAGUAAAAAUGGAGUGGUUAGGAUUGAUGGUUUUUCCUCUCCUGAUCAGUAUGAUGAUGAAGCGAUGAGUUUAUGGACGCAUGAAAAUUAUGAUGAUGAUGAAUUGGACCUGGAAACUUGUAAAUAUAUCUUAGAACAUAUAGGUGACAAAUUUUGUGAAUUAGUGACAUCUGAGAAAACAGCCAUGUCUUGGGUCAAAAAAGAUGCCAAAAUUGCUUGGAAGAGAGCAGUCAGAGGAGUCCGUGAAAUGUGUGAUGCCUGUGAAGCCACCCUGUUUAACAUUCACUGGGUUUGCCAAAAAUGUGGAUUUGUGGUCUGCUUAGAUUGCUACAAAGCUAAAGAACGGAAGAGCUCUAGAGAUAAAGAACUAUAUGCUUGGAUGAAAUGUGUGAAAGGACAACCCCAUGAUCACAAACAUUUAAUGCCAACUCAGAUUAUUCCUGGAUCUGUUUUAAUGGAACUUCUUGAAGCAAUGCACACUUUUAGAGAGAAACAUGAAAUUAAAUUCCAUUGCCAGUGUACCAGCAAACAGAAUUUACACGUUGGAAAGUUGCCUUCAAUAAAUGGUGUGUCUCAGAUUUUACAGAAUGUUCUUAAUCACAGUAAUAAAAUUUCUCUGUGCAUAACUGAGUCACAACAGCAGAAAGUAUCUCAAAAAACUGAGACAAAUGGUAACACAAGUCCUGGCAGUGAUAUAAGCACAGAUGGCAAGUUAACUCCACCAGAAUCGCAGUCACCACUGCAUUGGUUGGCAGAUCUAGCAGAGCAAAAAGCUAGAGAAGAAAAAAAAGAAAACAAAGAUUGUCCUCUUGGAAAACAUGCAAAGGAAGAGCAGGACCAAGACAGUUCAGAAUCUCUUAACUACAAGAUGUCAACACCUUUGUCUCAAAACAACGAGCAGGGCUCAACUCUACGAGACUUGCUGACUACUACUGCUGGCAAACUGCGUCUUGGCUCUACAGAUGCUGGCAUUGCCUUUGCUCCAGUGUAUUCAACAGGAACUGCAAGUAGCAAAGGCGGAAGGACUAUGCCAAACAUCCUUGAUGACAUCAUUGCUUCAGUUGUGGAAAACAAGAUCCCACCGAAUCGAACGCCAAAGAUAACUGCAAAAUCUGAAGUAAAGGAUGAACCAAAGGAUGAAAAAAUUUUUAUCAUGGAUGAUUCCAGCACAUUGUUUAUUGAUGUUCCACAUGUUUGGAUAUGUGAUAAACAUGUUUUAUGGCUGAGUGAUCAUAAAAACUGUAACAACUGGAAACUUUUCAAAGAUUGUUGGAAGCAAGGAAAGCCUGCAUUGGUGUCUGGGCUGCACAAGAAACUGAAUGCCACCUUGUGGAAGGCAGAUAUCAUUAGUUCGGAUUUUGGUGAUCUCAAGGCUGAUCUCUUGAACUGCAAAGACAGCAUUACUUCAAGCGGCAGUGUCAAGGAAUUUUGGGACGGCUUUGAAGAUGUUUCAACACAUUCACUGAUCUGUGUGUUUGCAGAGCGGCAAAAAAUAAAAAACGGAGAAACUGUUGUACUUAAAUUGAAAGACUUACCUUCAGGUGAAGACUUCAAAACCAUGAUGCCAGCAAGAUAUGAAGAUUUAUUAAAAAGUUUACCACUGCCUGAAUAUUGUAACCCCGAAGGAAAGCUCAAUUUGGCUUCAUGUAUGCCAGGUUUUUUUGUGCGUCCAGAUCUAGGACCCAGAUUAUGCAGUGCAUAUGGUGUAAUUGCUGCUAAAGACCAUGAUAUAGGAACUACAAAUCUUCAUAUCGAAGUAUCUGAUGUGGUGAACAUCCUUGUCAAUGUUAGCAUAGCAAAAGGAAGUGGAGUCCCUUCAAAAUCAGGGGUGCUAAAGAAGUUUGAAGAAGAAGAUUUGGAUGAUUUUUUAAGAAAAAGACUGAAGGAUUCAAGUGAAUUACCUGGUGCUCUGUGGCAUAUUUAUGCCAGUAAGGAUACUGACAAGAUAAGAGAAUUUCUGCAAAAGGUAGGAAAAGAACAAGGUUUAGAUGUUCUACCAGAACAUGAUCCAAUCCGUGAUCAGAGUUGGUAUGUAAACAAAAAACUACGUCAAAGGCUGUUUGAAGAAUAUGGAGUAAAAACCUGCACUCUUAUCCAGUUCCUUGGUGAUGCUAUUAUUUUACCAGCAGGAGCACUUCACCAGGUGCAGAAUUUUCAUAGCUGCAUUCAAGUAACAGAAGACUUUGUGUCUCCAGAACACCUUGUACAAUCAUUCCACUUAACACAAGAACUGAGGCUCUCAAAGGAAGAAAUCAAUUAUGAUGAUAAGCUGCAGAUUAAAAAUAUCUUAUAUCAUGCAGUUAAGGAAAUAGUGAGAGCUUUGAAGAUUCACGAACAUGAAGCAGAAGAUGUGGAAGAAAAUUGAGUGUGUGCUUAUUAUUCUCUCCUGUUUGCGUCUGAAGGAUUUAUCUGGUUCUUUAUCAUAUUUUUUUCUUUAUGAUAAAGAAUCUGCUCACUAAUUUAAGCUGCACGAACCAUCAGUGCCAAGAAAAUAUGUUUAUUGUAUUUACUUGCUACUGAUAUGGCAACAAAAUAACGUCUCAUCACAGCUAUUGUGAUUUUAACUUGUGAGGUUUUUUUUUUAGAAAUUGAAAACUCUAAGCAGCACACUGCUAUUAUGUAUUAUAGUGUAAAUGAAAUUUUCAAAAUGUCAAAAUUUUAAGAUGUAUUUAUUUUUGGAAAACACAGAAUUCUAUGCUCUAUUGUUGAUCAAAUGUAAAUGUGAUUUGUACAGUUUGGUUAAAAUAACUUGGAUAUUUUUCACUACAUUGAGACAGUUACUGUGAGAGUAGGACACAAACACCAGCUAUUGCCUGAAUUGGGAUAUUGCUGAAUCCGCACAGCAGUCAUGUCAUGAUCUGAAAAUUUACUGCCAAAUACUGUAAACUUUGUACAAUAUAAAGUAUAUAAAAUAGAUAUUACAGACACUUCAGUAUUUUAUUGAAGCGAUUCAGUGUACAAAUAAACAUUUUCAAAAUGGUGUAAUUUAUUUAAAAAUGUCAUUUUGGUAAAAAUUUGUGAACUUUUAAAGCUAAAUAUUAAACUUAAUAUGCUAUGUAAAUAUAUACAUAUAUACAUUCAAUGAUGUAUUUUUUUAAACAUUGGCUUGCUUUAAUUUGUUAAAAGUGCAAGUGUUAAACAUGCUUUGUACAUUGAAAGUUGAAAGGGGUUUUACAUUUUCCAUUAAAAGGACUUUAUCAAAUGUUGUCUCAUUGUGUGUGUUUUUCAUGUUUUGUGGCACAUUUGUUAAAGAUGCCCAUGUCUGAGUCUAUUCAUUCAUUCACAGUGGUUGCAGCUAUGUCUCUGUAAUGUUUAUUAUUGUAAAAGGCAAGAUUGUUGUGUGUUGCAUUAGUGUGGCUCUUUCUGCCCUCCAGGUUUCAUAUGAAUGCUCACAUGUGCUAGAACACAUUUCAACUGGCUGAGCCAAAGAAAGUUUAUUUAAUGAAGAAUAAAAAGAAGUUAAAUCCUU